AUGAACGGUGGAGCAGAUAAUGAUGACGUGGACUUCACAAAGCUACCAUUGAAUGAAAGACUAACUCAUAAGCUUUGGAAGGCACGGUCUGAUGGGUACCAGGAGUUGAAUAGGUUGUUUAGCAAUGCUACUCAGAAGCAGGGCAAAGAUGAUGAUUCAUUCAUGAUAUAUUGGAAAGAUCCAUCUCGUUUUGGGGACUAUGUUACCGAUAGUAAUGUUGUAGCGCAGGAGCAAGCGAUCUUGGCGCUUGAAUGUUUACUAAAGAAUGUGGGGUUGCCAAAACAAAUAGAUGUAAAGACCGUAAUGUACAAUUGGAUCCCUGCGUUGGCCGAGAAAGGCUUAGCAUCAUCUCGAGCUGUGACAAAGAACAAGGCAAUGGAGUGCAUCAUUUUGAUAUGCUCUUUCGAUGACUCGAUCGCGGAGUCUGUUGAAUUGGUUCUGCCGUUUUUCAAUAAGAAGCUCCCCAAAUUGGUCGCUGCCUCUAUCAAUUGCAUCCGGGAGCUACUUGCGUCAUUUGGGUUUGCCAAGGCUCCAUUGAAUAAUCUUUUACCUGAACUAUUAGAUCCACUGGUUAAAUUAGCUGGUCAUGCUGAUAGAAAUGUUAGAGCUCAAACGAUUGCAUUGAUUGUUGAAAUUUAUAAGGCUAAUGGCAGAAACAAAUCACUUUUGAACGAAUUACUGCUAACGCAUCUGAAACCAAUCCAGCAAAAUGAAUUGGAAAAGCUUUUCGACGAGGCUGAUUCAAAUAUGUCAGCCUCUAGGGGCUCGAAAAGAUUAUUCCAAUGGGAAAAAGAACAAAUGGAAUUGGAAAAGAAUAGGUUGCAGGAAAACCAACAAACGGAUAAAGACGGUGAUACGCUUAUGGAUCUUAAGUUAAAGGCAGAAGAGCCUGCAUUAGAUAUCGAUCCUUUUGAGAUGUUACCUGCCGAAAGUAUACUAGAUAAGCUGCCUGCAGGUUUCCAUGAUAGGAUAUCUUCGACAAAAUGGAAAGAUAGAGUUGAAGCUUUGCAAGAAUUUUGGGAUAAUACACUGUCAAAAGUGAAAAAAAUAAAAUAUGAAAGGCAAGAAUAUACUGAAAUUUUAUCUCUUUAUGCGCAAAUAAUUCAAUUUGACGCAAAUGUCCAGGCUGUAACAAUAGUCGCACAAUCAAUACAAAAAAUAUGUGAGAAACUAAGGUUUCCGGGAUUUAGCAAAAACUACGUCACGAUAAUAUUUGUUCCUCUGUUACAGAGAACAAAGGAGAAAAAGCCUUCCGUGAUAGAGGCAAUUCGAGGUUGCUUACAGUCAGUUUGCAAGCUCUAUAAUCCAUUAAGCUCGGAAGAUAAUAAUGAAGAUAUGUUGCAAGAAAUUUUAGAGUUUAUGAAACAUAAAAAUCCACAAAUUAGAAUGGAAACUACCGAAUUGUUUUCUUUCAUCUUACGAGAAUUACCAGUUUCAAAGGAAGUUAUCGACAAGAAUCUCCAAGAUGAGAUCAUUCCAACAGUGAUAAGAAUUGUGAAUGAUACACAACCAACGAUAAGAAAUUCUGGGUUCGGAUGUUUUGCUCAACUUCUUAGAAUAAUGGGUAGAAACGAAACAUUUACAAAUGCGCUAGAGAAGUUAGACAGCCUGAAAAGGAAAAAGAUUCAAGAGUUAUGCGCAAAAUUGCCUGAAUCAUCAUCCUCACCAUCACUUUCAGCAGAAAAUCUUGAAAGGGGCAGGGUGCAUUCUGGCAGAUUCGAUUCAAGACCGUCAAGUUCAUCUAGCAUUCCAUCAAAACGUGUCGCAAGUUCCCCAUUGAAAAAAGUGUCGAAGGCAGCCUCGCCCAACGUGCAAAAAUCAAGAAUGUUAUUAACGUCACAAUCAUUAGCAAUGCCUAGAUCAAUGCCAGGAUCACCAUCGACGAGAACUCCAAACAGCAUAUCGACAGGAAAUGGUACAAAGAGCCCUGUUCAGCUGCAAAAGUUGAUUAAUGAAAAGCAAAAUUGGCUUAAAGAGCGACAGCAUUUAUCGAAUCACAUCAAUGAAUUGACAAGCACACAGAACCGAAUUAACGACGAAAACGAGAUGUUGCGGGAACAGCUGAAAAACCUGCAGACAGAAAUUCAUGAAAGGGGACUACAAGUACGAUCGAAGGAUUUGCAACUGGCCAAAUUACAGGAUAGAGUAGAGCAAUUGCAGGCGCAGGCACACGCGCAAUCCCAACAGAACAAUCGGCUGCUGCAACUCGAACGUAAUCAGCAACAAGCGCCAACAUCAUUGUCAUCAGACACGGCCUCCGCGAUAUCUACAAAUCUCGGAGUAAGGUCUGUAUCGUCAUCCUCGUUUGAGCCGCUCACUGAAAGAAGCAAGCAUCUAAGGACCCCAAGCGAGUCCAGCGACGAUCUCCCGCGCCGUGUCGACUCUCUGCAGCUCAACCACUCUCUCGCCUCCAGCAAUAAUGACAUUAUCAAUGAGGAGAGCUGGAAACGUGCGGCAGAAGUCACGUCGCAGCUGAAGGCAAGAAUUGAGCGAAUGAGAGCCAAAACCAAGGGAAUAAGUAAUAAUUUCUAA